GCCGCCCCCGAGACCACGACCACAGCCAGCUUCACUGCCCAUCUCUCUACUCUUCAGCCGGGAAUUGGCUUCCAACUCUCACAUAGUUUCUGCAUUUGAUAUACUUAAAUCUCCGACUGCCGUUAAUUACCCGCCUUUUAUUUUAAGCCUCCCUUUGCAAAAAGAAGAGGCUCAUGAGAAACCCGUACUCCACACUUACACCAUAGUUUUGUCAUGCAUGGGAUUCUUGGUUCGGUCCGGCCAGACAGCAUCGCAACUCGACCUCAUCCUUUUCGCCGACGAUUCUCUGUAUAGCAAACCCGGCCAAUCUAUUUGUUCGCUCGCGACCUACUGACCCCGAGUCCCUUGCCGAGCAAUCCCCCGAUACGCCCUCUGCACACGCACGUCCCUCACUCCGAGGAGGCCGGACGGUGGCUCAACACUGUCCUUCGCGAUUGCUGCAUAUCUAAUAUAUACGAAGACUACCGGGCGUAUCGUUCGUUUUGAUGCUGUUUGGAGAGUAGCAAAAUGGGAUUUGUGGGAAUUUAUACAGCCAUCUACGACUAUAAGCCCCAGGCUGAGGGCGAGCUCGAGAUAUCGGAAGGCGAUCUUCUCUUCAUUCUUGACAAGGCCUCGGAUGAUGGCUGGUGGAAAGCAAAGAAAAAGGCCGCCGAUGUGGACGACGAGGAACCCGUAGGCUUGGUGCCCAAUAAUUAUGUCGAAGAGGCCCGUCCUAACCGAACCGCACGCGCUCUCUAUGACUAUACACGGCAAACCGAUGAAGAAGUUUCAUUCUCUGAAGAUGCCGAACUCCAAGUGUUUGACACUUCUGAUCCCGAUUGGACUUUAGUACAAGUAAAUUCGGAGUAUGGAUUUGCUCCCUCGAACUAUAUCGAAUUAGUGGAAGAGACUGAGCCUGCCGCGGCGGCUCCUCCAGCCCCUCCGGCAUUGCCUCAAAGAGUCGACCAUCGUGAAACCGAAUCAGAGGGAAUACCGACACCACACUCUCCUGCCAGCCCAGUUGAAAGUCCUGCGGCCGCUCUGGCGGGCAUUCUCAAUAAACAGCAAGAGUCCUUAUCAUCAAGUCAGGCUAGGGAAGCUCCUGCGCCUUCCGCAGAGCAUUCUCUCUCACCACCUACAGCGUUAACUCCGCAGGCAUCUGACGAAGACGAUAAUGGCCCGCGUCCAGCCCUUCCUCAGCGUCCCGUCUCCCACCCAAGCCCACCACAAGAACCAAUAUCCCCCCCGGAAGAAGAUUCGUAUCCCAUUCGCCGUGAAGUACCCGCCCCCCGCCCUGAGUAUGGUGCUCCGAAAGAGGAGACUUCUCCCGGUAUAAGACCUUCUCCUCCAUACAGCCGAAUAAACACUAGAGAGCGUGAAAAGCCCCAUAGUCCAUCCGCCGUUUCAGCAUCCGGAUACCAUAUUUACAAUAUUAGUGAAAUGAUCUCGAUUAUGGGAAAGCGAAAGAAGAUGCCCACAACCCUUGGUAUUAAUAUUGCUACGGGAACAAUUUUCAUUUCGCCGGAGAAUUCAGAGGAUGGUCCGCAUCAGGAGUGGACUGCAGAACGGCUCACACACUACUCUAUUGAAGGAAAGCAUGUCUUCUUAGAUUUGGUACGACCGAGUAAGAGCGUCGAUUUUCACGCGGGUGCGAAAGAUACGGCCCAGGAAAUUGUAUCUGCAUUAGGGGAAAUUGCCGGAGGAUACAAAGCCGAAGGCUUGAGAGAAGUGAUUGCGGCGGGCACCACCGGCGGAAAGAAAAAGGGCCAAGUUCUAUAUGACUUUAUGGCCCAGGGGGACGAUGAGGUUACUGUGGCCAUCGGAGACGAAGUCAUCAUUCUCGACGAUACCAAAUCAGAAGAAUGGUGGAUGGUGAGGCGAAUGAAGAAUGGGCAGGAAGGUGUUGUUCCAAGCAGCUAUAUCGAGAUCACAGGAGUCGCGACGCCUGCCGAAUCGAGCUUUUCCGGCGUGAAUGCCGGUCUGUCCGCCGUUGAACAAAACCGCCGUGAAGAGGAGCGAUUAGCGAGAGAAUCCGCUCGAAAGUCUCGGAGGCAUGAUCCUGGUUCCGGAGAGGUAGGGUCCGGCAUGAAACUUCCAAACAGAGCCAGCAGUUUAUUUGCACAUGAUGAUGGUAACAAACGUUUGCAGCGCCACAAGCGUGAUAGCCGCUCUUCAAAACAGAAGCCCAAUCCUUCGAGAACGAGAAAAUGGACCGAUCGCACUGGUACAUUUACCGUCGUUGCCGAAUUUAUCGGUCUUACAGACGGGAAAAUACAUCUGCACAAACAGAACGGAGUGAAAAUAGCUGUACCCGUUGCUAAAAUGUCGAUCGAAGAUCUAGAAUAUGUUGAAAGAGUUACUGGUGAGUCUUUGGAUGAGGAUAAGCCGCUCUCUGAUAUCCGUCGUCGCAGUCAAAUACCACUGGAGAAGCCAAAAACUGUAGGCGCCUCUAUCAAGAAAGAACCGGAUUACGAUUGGUUUGAUUUCUUCCUAAAGGCUGGUGUUGGCCCUCAUCUCUGUGAACGAUACGCCCAAAACUUUUCAAAGGACUCGAUGGAUGAGAGUGUCCUGCCCGAUAUUACUUCGGAUACGCUACGUACAUUGGGCCUCAAAGAGGGUGAUAUUUUACGAGUCAUGAGAUAUCUCGAUGGAAAAUAUAAUAGGAAGUCGAAGGCUCGAAACGUCAGUUUCGGGGGUGAAGAAGUGAUUGGCAAUGGAGAAGAAAGCGGAGGCCUGUUUUCUGGCCCUGGAGGAGCCCUUCGCAACAAUACGCGCAAAGGCCGACCUGCUCCCCCCGUACAAACUAGCGAUGUCGUCGAUCCGAAAGCGUUUGAAUUAAAAGACUCCUCGAACCCGUCACCAGUCGGGAAAGAAGCUGCAUUAUCUGCACAGGGGAAGGAUGAACCGAAAGGGUUUGAAGAUAGUGCCUGGGAAGUAAAGCAUCCCAAAGCGACCGCAGAGGCGACCGCAUCACCGCCCGCAACGGCAACACAAGCUCAGAGCCAGCCAAGUCUCACGGGAGCCAUGGCGGAUCUUUCCUUAUUGCAGGAGCCAUUGCAGCCAUCCAAGGUAUCAUUAGCACCCCAAACAAGCCAGCCAGCAGUAUCUCAACCGCCACCCCAGUCGAUGCCUCAGCAAGCACCGCAACAACAGCCACAGAUGACGGGCGCAAAUCCCGCUUUCUUCGCACAAUUAGGGCCUGGCAUAUCCCAAGCGUCCCAGGUCCCUGGAUUAAAUGCGCAGAUGACCGGCUUCGGGCAGCCUCACCAGCAGCAGCAAGCCUCUCAAUUCCAGAUGCAACAACCGCCGAUGCCUCCAAGACAGCGCCCACAACCUCCGCCCGCCGUGAGUCAAGGAUCAUUGCUUCCACCUCCGCCCCCAAGGCCCCUUUCCGCUCCGAAUAAUCCAAGCGCUCUUGGGCCAGUUCCUUUGCAACCGCAGCUCACUGGACUUCCUCAAACCAGCCCACACCUUGCACCGCCUGGCCAUAGCUUAUCGGAGCUUAAUCAACAACGAUUCCAGCAGUCACAAUUGCAACCCCAAGCGACGGGGGUCGCUCCAUUGGGUUACGGAAUGGGCCAGCUUGGACAGCCGACUGGGCUGAUGGGACAACAACAAGGUACCUUUAUGAAUGGACCACAACAGCCAGGCUUUCAAAGUCUAGUUCCGCAACAAACUGGAUAUUCUGGGUUUUCUCAACUGCCAGCACAGCAACCCCUACCAGCUGGGUCUAUCAACUCCGUCCUUCCCCCACCUUUACAACCCCAGCAAACAAGUGCCAACGGCUUCGGAGGGACUGGUAAUUUCGCGGCUCCUCCACCUCCUCCGAUACCAGAGCUUCCAGCUGCGCCACUACAACCCCAAAAGACAGGUCCUGCUCCUCCUGUCCGUUUCGGAGUGCAUAAAGACACAAAGAAGCUAACCCCCCAACACACCGGCCUUAAGGCGAAUCUCGCCCAAGCAACUCCAUCAAAUCCAUUCGGGUUUUAGCUGCCUUCCUUCUCUUUGAAAGUAUAGUCAAACUUAAGUUUUAUAUUGGAUUUAUCAAAUGACCGUUCGAACCAUGCCGGCGAAUUACAGUAUUAUGUGUUGCUCUCUGGUUUCCUCCUAAACAUACUUCAUGUCUAGCCCACCGACUAAUCACCGUUUUGGC